ACAAAACAAUAAAUUUGAACGAAACAAGUUAAUUGUUGGCAAAUUUAUAUGCAAAAUGCAAAUCUCAAAUACAAAACACAUAUGAGGUAGAAUUUGCUUUAUCUAUGGACCACUUCCUUCUACAAUUGCAAGAGCAGAACCCAAGCUUUUUCUAAAAUUACCAAUGUAAACAAACAGAGUUGACAAUGUACCCUCCCCAGCAGCUUCAUCAGCCAAGACGGCGGAAGAAACGCCCAGCCCAUGGGCUCAAAACAGUGGAAGUCAGUCGCGGCAAGUCUGGAUACGGGUUUACCAUCUCAGGUCAGCAUCCGUGUGUGUUGAGCUGCAUUGUAAACAACAGCCCCGCAGACAAAGUGGGUCUGCGUCCCGGUGACUACCUCAUCUCAGUAAACGGACUUGACGUCUCUCGACACAGCCAUGACGAUGUCGUCUGCAUGGUCGGCACCUCCACAGGAACUCUUACCAUCCAGGUGGUAGAGAACUACAACAGCAGCGACUCCUCUGAUGAUGAACACUACCAGUGGGCCAAAUCCAAGUACCGUGCCCGGCGUGGCCACCGUGCUGACAAAUACAGUGAGAAAAUGGACAAACUUCUCGCAGACAUAAGCAACCAGGAUCGGCAUUGUCCUGAUGGCACCAGCCAUGACCCAACCUCUCGGCCUCUAGCGGGAAUGGAUAAGAUUGAUAACAAUAAAAAAGCUGAUCAAUUAAAGGCGCGAUCAUCAAGACCACGUCUUCACAUGCCAGUGGGCGCCGAAAAUCAUGAAAUUCAAGCUGUGGGGACUAGUUAUAUUGAAGCGGGUGCUACUAACAUGUUCAAAGUACCUUUUCAGAAAAGUAUUUCGUGUUCAAAUGUGCCAGCAACAUCGAGUGUUCCUACGCGUAAUAGAGUCGAACCGAAGCAAGCGUUCAUUAAGAGCACAUCUCAGGGACAAUUUAAUGCAAAACAAACACCAACGAACCAACAUUCGUACCCUUCUCGAUCUCACGCCACUCCGCACCUCGCUCAGAUGUCGCGGGCCAAUAUGUACGACCAAUUUUCUCCAAACUCAUUACAGCAAAUAAUUAACCAUUCACUACACUCGUAUAGUGCUGCAAAUGAGGCAUUUAUUAUGAAUGAAGAUGAGACUGACAGCGACGACGAAGAUGAUGAUGAUGAUGAAGAGGGUCCGUUCUCACCCGAAGGAGAGAUGGUUAGGAUCGUGGUGGGAUAUAUUGGUUCACUUGAGAUGCCGGGAGAUCCGAGCCAACCGCAUGUGAGGAUACAGUCCAUACGGAAUGCUGUGCGAAGACUCCGAGUUGAGCAGAAAAUCCAUACACUUGUUCUUAUGAUCGUCACCCCGUAUCGGGGCGUUACGCUUGUUAACAUGAGCGGGAAGGAGAUAGCUUUCUAUCCCGUGGAGCGACUGGCCUUCAGCGGGGUGUGUCCAGACGAUAAGCGUUUUUUUGGUAUCGUGACGCUGCGGCGGAUGGCAGACAACAGUGAUAGUGAUGGGGCUUCCCGAGAGGAGACGCAGGGUUGUGCGUGCCACAUCUUCAUGGUCGAUCCUGAGCUAACGGCUCAUAACGUUCAUGCAACGAAAGCCAGGUCGUUCGGCUUUGAUUGCACUAUGGCCCAAGGUACACAGCGAUGUGUGGAGUUUCCGCGAUCAACUACACCAAUAAUCAUGUCGAUCUCAAACUUGUACAAAGACAGACCCAAUACCUCAGUGGAAAAUGAUAUGGAGAGAUCUCAGGUGUUCGCAAAUCCAAAUAGACAGAAUGAGCAUGUAAGGACCAGUAGUAGUAGCAGCAACAACAGUAAUAGUGACAGUGGUCUAGGGUUAUGUAGGGAUGAUAAUCGGCCCAGUAGGGGUGUGGGUGUGGUGGUUGAAGAUCCGACCCCUCCCCCUGUCCCUGCCCGGCCACAACCCCCACCUCCUCAGCUUCCUCAGGUCAAGUGGUCGGGUAACACAAUGUACUUGAUGGAUGGACCAGUGAGACAAGCGAGAACCUCAAGCUCCAGUUUAGACCAGGUUGAUACGACUCAUACAAGUAGUAGAUCGACAGCUACUCCGAAUCUAGAUGCUUCAACAAGUCCAGAAAUGUUAGCCUCAAAAGAUAAGCUGAAUGUUCGAGCUUUGCCUGGAAAGUCGCCAGGAAGAAACAGUUUGCCAGGUGAUGGAUUUGAAGACCAGAAUGCAGCAGAAAAGCUGCGACAGGGCAUGCAGAAGUUGUUACAGACGCGUCAGAAGACCUCACCUCCUGAUCACACCAGCAGUGACACGGAAUCCCGCAGUUCACAUACGGGUAGCGAUCUCACUAGAUCAGCAUCAGAUAGAUUUGAACGGCCCGUCUCAGCACCUUUUAAAUACUUGUCAAAUGAGCAUCAUUCUGAUAGUAAGCUAACAAAGAACAAAUAUAAUCACAUAAAGCAGGACUCAGACUCUAGUCUUGCGGACAAACUGUCUCCACGGGCGUUUCUCUCGUCAGCAUUUUCUCCUGUUGAGGGUCGAAAUUCAGCCUACAAAAAGGGUCGGUCCAAAUCCCGCCCCCAUCAGGAAAUGAGGUCACCUUCGGCCCCGCCAAUCCCCAGUUACCAUGGCGAUGAUGAAGACAGCGAUGAGGAAGGAGUCAACAGUAUUAUAAAGAGAUUUCAGAAGGAACACACUCUGGGACUGACUACCGACAGUAUAGAACUCCUCAAGGGGGAGCACUCCAUAUACAAACAGCGUGACCAAGAGCGGAAAGGCGUGACACCCCUGGGCUCUCCGGAAGAAGGGUCGGGCGUAGUCAAGGAAAGAUGGAGUGGUGUGUUUCAAAACGGGCUCUCCCCUGGGAAAUACCGGUCCAAGAAUCAUAGAAACCCCCUCAGUCUCUCACACGAGUCACUGGUUGUGCUUGACCAGGAUUCGACGCCCAACAAGCUCUCUUCGGCAAGCAGCGUGAACAGCAUCGUGAGCCAUGUUGCCACAGCAACGGAACGGGAAGAGGUGGGGCGUGUCACAUCGUGGGCCGUCAACUUCGACAAGCUGCUCAGGGAUCGUGUUGGCAUCGCUGUCUUUAAGGAAUUCCUUAAGAAAGAGUUCAGCGAAGAAAAUAUUGAAUUCUGGCAAACCUGUGAGGACUAUCGCAACAUUGCCGACCCUAAGCUGCGUAAGGCAAAGGCUCGUGAGGUUUACGACAAACACGUAGCCAUGCACAGUUCUGACCCAGUGAACAUCGACAGUGCGUUACGUAAGGGCGUGGAAGCGGAGCUGACCGUGGACAAUCCCCCACCCACCAUCUUUUUACAGGCACAGCAACACAUCUACCAGUUGAUGAAGCAAGACAGCUAUGUCCGGUUCCUCAAGUCUGAGGUCUACCGCUCAUACAUGAUGGCUGAGAUGGAGGGUCAGGCACUUAAAAUGCCUGGGGCCACAUCCACUGACCCACGACAGGUUCUAGCAACAGGAAAUACUGAAGCUGGAAAGAAGAAGGGAAAAAAUGGGAAGGACGGGACGGAGGAAAAUAAGGAGAGACGCCGGCGAUCUCUUCUGCCAUGGAGACAGAAAUCCAAAAAGCAGGGAAACAAGAAUGAGAAAAAUGAAAACGAUGCCAAGAACCUGAAACCCAGCAAAGACAACAAAGAUAACAACAUGAAUGCUCCCUUGAAGUGUAACGCCCCCACCACUAUUGAUACUGUGGCUUCAAAACGAGAUUUGGCUCAGAUUGCUGUUCCUGCAACGAUAGAUGAAGAAGCUGAGCAGCCUCGUUUUUGUCGCGUGAUCAUGCCAGACGGCUCUACCACUGUUGUCGGCACGCGUCAUGGGCAGUCUAUCCACCACAUUCUUGGGAAACUGUGCGAGAAAAGAAGUCUGUCAAUUGCGAGCGUUGAUGUGUUCCUGCUUGGAUCUGAUAAGCCCCUGAACUUGAAUGAGGAUAUUUCAACACUCGGUUCAAAGGAGGUUACUAUUGAACGUCGAGUGCUGUUUCGAAUGGAUCUACCAAACAAGAAAUGUAUCGGCGUCAAGGCGAAACCAAACCGACUUAUUCGUGAUGUGUUCAAACCAAUUCUUAACAAAUACGGUUUCAGAAUGGAAACGAUUGACGUUCAUUUGUGUGGCCAGUCUGAGUCUCUAUGCCUCGAUGAUAUUGUCUCGUCAAUUGACAGCCAGCGUGUAAUUGUUCUCCUGCAACCCCCUACGGAAACCCCCGUUAAGCUGACUGGAGACCAAGCGAAGAGAUUAACUCCAAAACGUCCUCCCUUACCUAAUAAGUUUACUAGCAAGUUUGGUUUCCUUGGUAACCCGACUAACAACAACAACAACAAAUCUAUUAACAACGAUACUAGCUCCUCCCUUCAAGAUCUAACUAACGAAAUAUUCGGCAGUCUUAUGCUGGAUAAGAGUGAUUCGUUAUUAGACCAUAAUUUUGACGAACUUGGAAUUUUAGAUCCGGUUGUUAAGUCUCCUAAGGUGGAGACAGUGGAUCUGACGGUGUGUUCGCCAUCCCGCGACCACCCCGACGCCGCCGACCCCGGACCGGAAGUGACGAACAGGGGCGUGGCGGGCAGGAAGCUGCGGAACAAACAGAAAGUCACCUUUGCCCUCCCGAAACAUUCACACCAAAACCAAGCUAGCAACACAGGUGGUUCAUCCUCAAAGGAGAGAUCGAAAAAUGUGGGGUUAGCUCCCCUACCAGAUGGUGCCAACCAAAACAAUAUUGAAAAUGUUCCUGACGCUGCUAGCAACACUUCUAUUAAUGUUCAGAAACACACAGAUGGUAUACGCAAUCAUGACACGGGUGUUACACACAGUCACAAUCUCACGCGAGCAGAUAUUACCAAGGCCAAAGGUCAAAAUGAGAAAAAGUCUGAAGCGGAAGAUUUGGACCAUGAAAGCAGUGAUAAACGAGCAUCUCGGGACUUAAUGACUGAGAUCGAUGAUUACAUUGAAAGUAUUCAUGAAAACUUUGCCGCCUAUACGCGAGAUAGUGCUGUUACUGGUAGUCCUAAUGUUAGAAAAUCAUUGGGUGUUUUAGAUACACCAAAGUCAGCAAUAAAAUCUUCGAAUAAAAGUUUUACUGAAGACGAGGUUAUACCUGACAAUGACGAUGCGGAUAGUUUCUUUCGAGGAAGCCCUCCGACUGAGGAUUUUUUUGGUGACUCAUAUUUCUUAGAAAAAGAUUUUAAAGAUGAAGGUCUAAGUUAUAAUUAUAACAAGUACCUUGCAAAGUCCAGAAACUUUGUUACUCAACGAAAUAAGUUCAUUUCCGAUUCUCAGCCAGUAAGUGUUCAGUUAACAGAGCCAGCAAAAUGGGACAAGAUUGCGUCGCCAAAGAAUAAAGUGAUGACGAGAGGAGCUUCUGCAGGCUCGUUAGAAACGACGUACAGGUCUUCGUCACAUUUGCAACAUAACAAUAGUGAUUCUUCCCUAGAGAGAAACUAUCAUAUAAACCCAAUAAAUCCAACUCCAAAACCAGGAUUUCAGCGCCACUCGCGGCACACAUUUCUACAUAGUCCAAUUACGUCGUCAUCUGACGAGAGCAGUCUGUCAGCAGUCGACACUGACGGAAGCGUUUUACAACACUGCAGAACAGAUCAUGCUUCAGAUGAAGUCACAUUUGUUUGAUGUUUGAUUUUUUAAAAUGGGAAAUUAAUCAGCAAUCUUGAUAUAUUUAUUUGCUAAAGGAAAUUGGUAUUUUAAUAUGAGGGCAGUACAUAGAUUUAAUAUGCAGAAUAUCGCUAUUUAUGAAAUUAAUCAAAUUUUCAAAUUAAUAGCUUUUAAGAAAUUUUUCCUAACAAUAGUAAAUAAGUUAAAAUAACAACACACAAUAGAAAAAAAAUUAUGAGUGUGCAUAAAUUUUCGGGAAAACUGUCAUAUGGAAAGAAAAGUUAUUUGCAUUUUAGCUUUCCUCAACUUAGAUGGACAUAAAAGUUUAAAAAAAAAAAAUUGAUACAAAAUAGUAUAAAAAUCUUGAAACUAUUUUACUGCCUUUUAGCGCUUUUGGUAUGAGACCUCAGGUUGAACACUGACAAAACUCAUUCUGUUUUAUAUUGUUUUACAGCAGUAUUGCUCUGAAUUCUCAAAUUAUGUUUUAUUGUCUUUUAAGCCUGUCUGAUUGUGAACCAAAUAUCUUCAAAAUCCGCAAACAUUUAAAGAACAUUAUACAGUACUGAUUUAAUGGAGGUUGUUUCUUCUUUGCAAAAUUUGCUGUCUGAAAUUUAUCCACGUUUAAUUUUAUUUGAAAAAGACAUUUUUAGUAGAAAAACUACCAGUAUUUCUUAUAUUACUUUUCAUUUUUUGGGUAGCCACAAUUCAAUUUUUCAACUGCAUGUGCAGAAUUUGUUUUCGACUACGGUAUAUUUUUACUUUUAAGGAUUCUUCAUUUAAGUGAGACAUCUUCUGUCCAUAUCUUGAAACAAUCUUUCUCUUUUAUAACAAAGGUAAUGUAGACAUGCACUACUAUAAGUACUUUUAUUUUUACAGAAGCUAGAACGUAUUUUAACUAUUUUAAUGAUUUUGUAGUCUAUUUUUAUACUGAGUAAAUAAGUUGAUAACAUUUCCCCACAUAUAUAGUUUCUUUUUUUUAGAUCCUCAAUAAAAAUAUAUAUUAUACAUUCAACAUACAUGUACAGCAAAUGACAUUGUUUGUACCACAUGGCACAUUUAACGUAUGCAUCUUAUUCAAUGUUAGUACCAAUGGUAUACAUCAUAUUCAGUGUAAGUACCCAUGGCACAUUUUUAUCAGGUGCAACUUUUUUGGAAAAUUCUAAAACUGGAAUAUAUGAGUUCUGAAUUAAGGUUUUUUUGGUAGGUGAUAAAUUUGGAGUGACACCUGAACCUCAUUGUAAGACUUCAUAUGAUUUAUAUCGAUGACAAAAAAAUAACAGUAUUGUACCAAAAACCCGAAACUGUUGAUAAUUUUAACAUCCAUGUUGCACUAUGCACUACGCACUUUAUUUUUGACCAAUUUCCAGCUGGUAAUCAGGGAAUGUUCCAUUAUUGAUAGGUAAUCAUAGCGUUAAUGAGAAAAUAACAGAACAGGUUCCCUCUUUCAGGAUCUAGUGAAAACUGGUUUGGUUUAAUUACAUGUCAGUUUUUUAUCUUUCCUACUGGUGCCAAUUAUUUAGUCAUUUACAUGUUGUUGCUUUUACAAUCACGAAAAAUUUUGUUUGAUAAGGGUUGAUUAAAUGUUUUAAUAAUUAUCUUAUAACUUAUUUAAACAAAUAAACAUUAAAACUCGGGACAAUUAAUGCCAUGUUGAUGUUGUGUAUAGUGCACAGGGGUAUUAAUCUCAUCACAGCAGUUAAGAAUAAACAGAUUUAAAUGCAAUAACACUUAUGAAAAAGGAAAAAAAAACGUAUUAAAAUGCUGAAUGUAUAAAACAAAUAGUUCCGGAGAAACUAAACAUUAUUUUAUAAGAUUAUCUCUUUGAAAGUUGGAACAAUAUGUAUGAUGUAUUGAUUUGAGCCUCAAUACCAUUUUAAAAUGAAAUACAUGUGUAUGUAUCACAAUAAUCAUACUGCUGGCAUUGGCAUAGUUUAUAAACAAACCUCGACGUAGUUUAAAAACAAACUGCUGGUAUAUGUUAUAAACAAACCACUGGCAAAGUUAAGCUUAUGUAGUUCAAAAAAUACUGCUGGCAUAGUUCAUAGACAUAUUGCUUGUAUAAUUAAUAAACAAACUGCUGACAUAGUUCAUAAACACACUGUUGUCAUAGUUCAUCAUCAAACUGCUAGCAUUGUUCAUAAACUGCAGGCCUUUUUCAUAAACACACUGCUAGCAUAGUUCAUAAACAUAUUGCUAGCAUUGUUCAUAAACAAACUGCCGGCCUUUUUUUAUAAACACACUGCUGGCAUAGUUCAUAAGCAUAGUCCCUGGUGUUGUUCCUUAACAAACUGCUGGCGUAUUUCAAGAUGUGCCUAUAUAUUUAGACAAUGUGCCAAUAAAUUACUGUGUAUUGUAUGUAUGUAAUAUAAAUGUGCAUUAAUGAUGUGAUAUUAUUUUAGCUGUGCACAUAAAUGCUUUACACAUGUACAUAGAUAAACUAUCGUUAUUUAAUUGGUACUGAAUAUUAAUUAUUAUUGUUAUAAAAGUUUAAAGAAC